AUAUUGACUGACACUGUUAAUAGUAUACAUGUUAGGAUUAAAAUCAAAGGUAUUCAGGAAAAAACCAAGUGAGAGUUAUCCUGGGAGUAAUAUGGGAGAAGUUGUCAUAAGCUUAAAUGUAGGAGGUUUCAUCUACUGCACCACAUUGGCGUGUAUGAGGAAGUACCCGAACUCUACCCUUGGUAGGAUGUUCAUGAGCCAACCAUACGUCAUAAUGGAUAACUCAGAUAACUAUUUCCUGGAUCGUGAUGGAAAAUUAUUCCGCUAUGUACUGAAUUAUAUCAGAGAUGGUGAGCUAAAUCUGCCAGAAAAUUUUGACGAGUUUGAUCAAUUAGAAAAAGAAGUUAGCUAUUAUAAGAUAUUGCCGUUGAUGAGAGAUAUCAAAAAAGUAAGAGAAGCGCAUGAGUUGCUCGGGCAACCAAAAAACAUAGAGACUUCCAAAUAUGGCUGUAUUAUUGAAAUCAUAGAAAGUGGCAAUGAUGUUUUGCUGGAGUUUGGCUACUCUGAAGAUUCACUUUACCGAUUCCCUCCUGGCCUUCAGGAGCUACUUAAACCAACAAUCUAUGACGUUAUAAAUGACGAAAAGGGGAUAAUUUCCCGAUAUACAAUGAAGCUGUCCAGACUUCAAUGUGCAGCUAGAUUGAAAUCUAAGAAUUGGGAGUUUUUAGGGUCUGUUGCUGUAGCAACAGGGAAGAAUAACCAUAACAACAAAGAGAUUAGGGAUAAGUGGUAUAAGGAUUGCUCUGACAGAAGUCUGAACACAGUAGUUAUGGAUGACGCUGCUAUGAAAAAGUUAUUAGGACCAGAAAAAAGCUUUUCUCAUUAUACACAUCUUUAACCAAAGUAAGGCCUUUAGUAGCUCUAUACCAAAAGGUAAAAUACAUGUAUCUCAGUGCAAUGUCAAUGGGGCUAACCAUGUAUAAGUUUGUUUGUGGUGCCUCAAUAUAAUUUCUUUCUCCACAUCUAAGUGCAUGUUUUCCUGUAGUCUUGCUUUGGACUCUUGUGUUCUUUGAAACCCAUGUGUGUGAGAAGGUGUGGAGUCAAGUAGUUUGAGGGGAUGGGAUCAAAGGGGCUUCUAGCUAGACUAACUCUCCUACUUUUUCCAGCCUUGAAUGGAGGUUACAGAGACCUUGAGACAAAUAAGGUUAAAAUUGAAUUUUUGAGUCCUUCAGACCCAUAGCCACCAACCAGCUUAUGCCAAUAGGGGGGGGGGGGUGUUCAAAUUUAAGAAUUUGGUGACUUGAGACAAAUUAAGCUCUUCAUUAUAGUUUUACUUUCAAAUUAAGUUUGUAUGACAUUUUAUAAGGUCACAUUGAUAACUUAUCUUGAGAAACACUCAAGCAGAUAGGAGCUGAUGGACUUUUAAAUGUAUACUUGUUAUGUUUAUCCUUUCUUAAAGUAUUUGUACAAGAUAACAUGAUAAGGAAUAAGGAGACAAGACACGAAGGCUUGGUAAACUUAUAUUCUGUACAUAUACACUCAAUUUGGCACUCAA